AUGACCAAGAGACACGCCUGCUACCAAGAAUUCAUCCAAUUUAUGGAGCAGUUGGCUUUCAACCUCUUCGCCCGAUACGAGCUGUUGAACUUCAGAGUUGUUGCAGAGGUUGCUCCUGGUUUGGCGAGCCAUGCGGAGAAAUCUUCAAUGUUAGGAACGGUGGCAGAUAGGGAAACGAUACGGAGAUUGGCUACCAAAGUCUUCAUCCGCGCUAUAACAGCUUCAAGAGUUGCUCCUCUUGGCUCUUUGAUUGUAUGGAUUUCGUCUACCAACAAAAGUUCCACGGACCUCGCCAUUGUGUCGUUCUCAGAUCUAGUAAGAACAUCCCACUUUUCAGGCGUGGAUAUAAUAAUGUUGCUGAAUUUUGCUUUCAGGAAAUCAUGGUAG